GUGCCUGGAGGUCCCCUGCCACCAGAUCCUAAAAAUGCCAACAUUUCCUUAACUCUGUCUUCUAAGUUUCUCAAAGUAAUUGUCACUCAAAGUGCCAAGCAGAGCUCUGUCAAGAUGAAUAACCUGGCUGCAAGCAUCACCAAAAUAGUCUACUCCUUCCAGUCAGGAAACCAAAUCCAAGCCACCUACUGGGUCACUGUGGAAAAGGAUGGUGAUAGUUUUGCUACUGGGAAAACGACCUUGAUCCUCUCCCAUGACUGCAAGAUUUUGAAAGACAAACUGAUACCAAACAUCAAGGUUAAGAGCUCUGAACACUCGGUGACACCCCCUGAGGCUGAGGAUGAGGUGCAAGAUAUAAUGCCCGUGGUUCUGAAGAAAGUUUUGUCUGCCAUUAACGAACUGACAAGUAUAUGGAAUGUGCCACCAGGAAUAACCUCAAAUUCUCUAACCAAAGCCAAGGUUGAAGUACUUAAAUCGACCAAGUCCUUUUGA